AUGUGGAGGGACUUUGCCACGGUCGUGCGCGAAAACCUCAUAGUGCCAGCAUCGCUGUCAUUGGCUCUCUUUUCCAAGAGCAGCUCCGAGGAACUGUCCACUGUUUGCCCCUAUGCUUUGAUUUUGCAGGAGUUUCUGCAGAGGAUAUUCUGUCUGGCGAUGAUCGUACCUGAAGUAGAUGAGGCAGGACAAGAAACAGGAGAAAAUGUA